ACGAACCCAGAUGAAAUGAAGAAGAAAACAUCAUUGUUGGUGUGAAAUGAAAAAGAAAAAAAUUAAAAAUGAGUGGGAGGAGUUGGUUGAGUGGCAUGCAUGAGCACCUUAAAUUGGCGAGAGAAUACGCGGCGGAAGGACUCUACGACACCUCUAUCAUCUUCUUCGACGGAGCCGUUGCCCGAAUCGGCGACCACGUCAACUCCGUCGACGACCCUUUACUGAGAGCGAAAUGGAUGAACGUGAAGAAAGCGCUGUGCGAUGAAACCCAAGUGGUGAAACAACUAGACGCCGAGAGAAGGGCGUUUAAGGAAACUCGAUCACGAUCACGAUCACGAUCAUAUUCCUCCUCCUCCUUUGUUUUUCCACCGUCGGAUGAGUAUCCCAUUCCCACUACCACUCCUCGCGCUUCCACCGUCGACGAACAUGACCCCGACGUCUGGAGACCGCCAAGUCGAGAUGCCAGAAGGCCCGCCAUGCCCACUGCUCGAAAGGACGGAGCUUGGAGCCGAGGCUCUACCAGGCCUGCUGCUGGUGCCGUAAAGCCCAGCAGGGUUAGCUCUGGGCCCCGACCACCGACGGAUGGAAAGAACGGCGGCGGCGGUGCUUCUGGAAAGGGUAGCAGGACAGGUGAUGGUUCACGUUCAGUUAAUGAAGAUGGGAAGAAGUCAAAAAAGUAUGAGUAUGAAGGUCCUGAUCCUGAGCUGGCGGAAAUGUUGGAAAGGGAUGUGUUAGAAAGGUCUCCUGGUGUGAGAUGGGACGAUGUUGCAGGCCUCACUCAAGCAAAAAGCCUUCUAGAAGAAGCCCUUGUACUUCCCUUGUGGAUUCCCGAGUAUUUCCAGGGAAUAAGGAGACCUUGGAAAGGAGUUCUCAUGUUUGGGCCUCCAGGAACUGGGAAAACUCUUCUUGCUAAAGCAGUUGCCACUGAAUGUGGUACCACUUUCUUUAACGUUUCUUCUGCUACUUUGGCAUCUAAAUGGCGUGGAGAGAGCGAGCGCAUGGUACGGUGUUUGUUUGAUCUUGCAAGAGCACAUGCACCCAGCACCAUUUUCAUUGAUGAAAUUGAUUCUCUAUGCAAUGCUAGGGGGGCUUCUGGGGAGCAUGAAUCAUCCAGAAGGGUGAAGUCUGAACUUCUAGUUCAGGUUGAUGGUGUAAACAAUAGUUCCAAAAAUGAAGAUGGAACCCGUAAGAUAGUAAUGGUUUUGGCAGCCACUAACUUUCCAUGGGACAUAGAUGAGGCACUGAGGAGAAGGUUGGAAAAGCGUAUAUACAUUCCUCUUCCAAAUUUGGAGAGUCGUAAAGAGCUGAUCCGUAUCAAUCUGAGGACUAUAGAGGUGGCUACUGAUGUGAACAUAGAUGAAGUGGCCAAAAAGACAGAAGGGUACAGUGGAGAUGACUUGACAAAUGUGUGCCGUGAUGCUUCCCUGAAUGGUAUGAGGCGUAAGAUAGCAGGAAAAACACGUGAUGAGAUCAAGAAGAUGUCCAAGGAUGAGAUUUCCAAGGACCCUGUUGCAAUGUGUGAUUUUACAGAAGCUUUGAAGAAAGUUCAACCAAGUGUUUCUCAGGCUGACAUUCAACGCCAUCAAAAGUGGUUUGCCGAAUUUGGAUCAGCCUAAACACAUACUUUUUUAACUACAAAUCCUGCAUUCUCUCGAUGGAUGAUUUCGAUUUUCAGGUUUCUAAGGGGUGCAACAAAAUGUGCCAUGAAUUAUCAUUUUCUGAUAUGCCUCUAAAGAAGUUCGACUUUGAGAACAUUGUGUACUAUAUACAAAUAUACUUUUACAUGAAAUACUUGAAAGCACAAGAAUCAAUCCUUGAAAUUGAUCUAGAUUAGAAUUGCAAGCAUCAAA